AUGAAUGAUUUACGUGGUAUAUCUGACAAUGAGUGGGUGUCAGAUCACUUGGACAGUGGUCUAGACAGUGAGGAUGAAGGUGACAUUCCUAGAACUAUGUUCCCCACAUUUAGCAUGCCUAAAAUUCUAGAAGAAUAUAAGUGGGAGGUUGGGACUUAUUUUACUGAUAAAAACGAAUUCAAAGAGGCCAUUAGGACAUAUGCACUAAGUAAUGGUCGAAAUUUAAAAUUCUUAAAGAAUGACAANAAGAGGNUUAGUGUNAAAUGUUNUGGGGGCAAUGGUAAAUGCAAAUGGUAUGCUUAUUGUGCCUUUAGUUCUNGUUCCAAGUCAUGGNAGCUAAGAAAAGUGAUUGAUGAUCACACUUGUAGCAGAGAUUUUAAUGUGAAGUGUAUCACUUCUAAGUGGUUGAGCAAAAGGAUGGAAAAAGCUGUUAGAGAGAACCCUAACAUGAAAGUCAUGGAUAUUAGGGAUAAAGUGAGUAGGAAAUGGAAUGUUGGAAUCUCUAGAAAUAUGGCUUUUAGGGCAAGAGCCAUGGCAAAAGAUAAUGUUGAUGGUUCAUUCAAGGAACAAUAUAGAAGAAUCUAUGAUUAUGGUCAUGAGCUUCUCAGGUCAAAUCCAGGUUCAACAGUGAAAAUAAAGGCUGAAAAUAUUAAUGGGGAGUGUAUCUUCAAGAGAAUUUAUGUAUGCUUGAAAGCAUGCAAAGAUAGUUUCAGUAGUUGUAGACCCAUCAUUGGGUUGGAUGGAUGCUUUCUCAAAGGCAAGUAUGGAGGGGAAUUACUAACAACAGUGGGAAGAGAUGUAAAUGAACAAAUUCUGCCCAUUGCAUAUGCUGUUGUUGAGGUAGAAAACAAGGACUCCUGGACUUGGUUCUUGGACCUUCUGAUUGGGGAUCUUGGUGGGGAAGCUAUAUGUGGAGCAUGUACAUUUAUUUCAGACCAACAAAAGGGUCUGCUAUCAGCCUUUGCUGAACUUCUACCUAAGGUAGAACAACGCUUUUGUGUUAGACAUUUGUACUCAAAUUUUAGAAAGCAAUUUCCUGGAAAAGACCUCAAAAGGUUGAUGUGGACAGCAGCAACAGCCACAUAUCCACAACUAUGGGAGGCUGAAAUGUUGAAAAUUAAAGAGAUCAAUUUAGAAGCGUAUAAGUAUUUGAUUGGAAUUGCACCAAGAUAUUGGUCACGAUCUAGAUUCACUUCUAGAUCACAAUGUGACACUCUUGUCAACAACAUGUGUGAGGGAUUCAACAGUGUGCUACUUCACACUAGGACUAAACCAAUUAUCACCAUGUUGGAAGAGAUUAGGGUUUACAUCAUGAAGAGGUGGGCUAAGAACAGGACAAAGAUUGCACUAUAUCAAGGUAGUGUGUGCCCUAAGGUUCUCAACAGAUUUUUAAAACAGUCAUGGUUAACCAGGUAUUGGUUACCAAGAUGGUCAUCAGAUCAGUUAUUUGAAAUCAUCCAUAUUUCACAAUUUGGGGAGCAAUAUGUUGUCAAUCUUGACAAGCAAGAAUGUAGUUGUAGAAAAUGGUUACUGACCGGUAUUCCUUGCACUCACGCCAUCACUGCAAUGAAGUUCUUGAAUGUAAAUGCAGAAGACUAUAUUGGUACUUGGUAUAGGAAGUCAACGUAUGAAGAGACUUACAACUCCAUCGUUUACCCUAUCAAUGGUCAAGUUCUUUGGGAGAAAACUCCAUAUCCAGAUGUGUUACCCCCAAAGAAGAAGCCAAUGCCUGGCAGGCCCAAGAAAAAACGAAGGCUAAAGAGUUGGGAGUUGAAGAAGAAUGAUACUGAACUAAGAAAGGGUGAGAGCAAAAAAUCAUGUGCUAUUUGCAAAAAACUUGGACACAACAAAAGAUGUUGUCCACAACGACCAACUACAACAAAUAUUCCAGCUGACCAACCUCCUGCUGCAGAAGCUACUGAGCAAGCUACUCAGCAACCUACUGAGCAACUUACUGAUCAAACACCACAAGUGACAGUACCUCCUCCUGAGCAACCUACUGGUCAAACAACACACGUGCCUGCUGCUGCUGAAUGA